AUGAAAGACAUUGUAGUUCUUAUUGCAUCUAUAGCAUCUAUAGCGUUGUGUACGUGCACCGCUGUUUCUCUGGUUCCCGAUGAUAACAGUCAUUACGUCGAGGGUGAGAGUCGCUACAUCUGGAUGUUAGACGGUGAGGGUGUAUCGCAUCUUGUAGACCUAGAAGAGCCUGUUGAUGAAACCUUGCUGAAUGUCCGCAAUGAAGGCAGCAAUCAAUACUGGCUAUAUACCAGGCAAAAUCCUAAUACCGCAGAAACUUUAGUUUACGGUGACAUCGACUCUAUUUCGAACUCCAACUAUAACAGCAGCAGACCAAUAGCAGUUAUUGUCCAUGGAUGGCAAAGCAAUGGAAAUACAGCGGUGACGUCUCUCAUCAGGAAUGAUUUUCUUGCUGCUGAAGACACUAACGUCAUCAUAGUGGAUUGGCGUACAGUAGCUAGUUCAAAUUACUUAACUGCUGUUAUUACCUCUAUUGAGAUUGGACAACUCAUUGGAAAUUUCCUUGAAUGGAUUAUUAAUACCACCGGCGGAGAUUGGAAUAAUGUGCAUUUAGUUGGAAUCAGCUUGGGUGCUCAUGUCGUUGGCAGUGCAGGAAGACAGGUUAAUGGACAACCGGCUCGUGUGACGGGUUUAGAUCCUGCUGGCCCUCUAUGGAUCGGAAACCCAAAUGCUCUAAACAGAAAUGAUGGACAAUACGUUGAAGCUAUUCACACCGAUGGCGGGAUACAAGGCAUACUAAUUCCGAUCGCAGACGCGGAUUUCUAUCCCAACGGUGGAAGACACCCUCAGCCUGGCUGCUCCACCACCUCGUGCUCUCACGGCCGCGCGCCACAACUGUUUGCCUCCAGUAUACGCACUGACCAUUUACAAGGAAGAUUAUGUGACAAUUAUUACCAGGCACAGAGCGUGGAGUGCAGUGGCAUUGUUUUCAAUAUGGGCAAUAGUAUAUUCUCUAAGAGAGGUUCCGGCAUUUAUGGUCUGACUACAGGAAGUUCGUGGCCUUAUUAAUCUUUAAAUAAUAUAAAACAAAGCAGCCGGAGCUGUCUGUUCGGUUAUAUCUUUUGUAUUACGCAACGGAUUUUAAUGCAGUUUCCACCAAUUGACAGAGUAAUACAAGAGGAAGGUUUAAAUGUAUAAUAUAUGCGUGUUAUAGUAUAGAUCAAG